AUGCAAAUAUUUUGGGAUGGAGAUGAGGUAAAAGUGGUGGAAGCUGAUAGCCGGCCAUUUGUGGCAAGGGUUUACCAUGCAGAUGCUGAGUUGUAUAGUGAAGAAUUCGUUCCAAUCAGAUUUAUUGGAAAUGAUAGCAAGGGCCGUCCAAGGAAGGCCACCAUGAGAAGGACUCUUACGGAAGAAGAUGUAAGGGAGCUUUUCCAAGAAACACCAAGGCCAACAAUUCUACCCAAGGCCGGUGUUCAGUUGAAAGCAUAUCCAGUCGAACUAUGGUUGGAAAGGGCUGCUGUUGCUGGUACUUCAUUUUCAACCAAUGUUUUGGAGAUUAUGGAAGAUACUGAAGACAAGUUGGAUGCUAUCCAGCUGACAGACUUGAAGGUGGCGCCAACGAAGUUAGACGAUCUCAAGGCUGAAGUACAAGAUCCACUUUUGGAAGUUAAUCUUGGGACAAAACAGGACCCUCGGCCUACUUACAUCAGUCUUUCUAGAGAGCUGGUAGAGCAUAAGUUGCCAAUUAAGGAAGGUUUCAAGUCUUUCAAGCAGCCUCCAAGAAGGAUGUCCCAAGAAGUUGUUCUAAAGGUCAAAGAAGAGAUAGAAAGGCUACACAAGGCUGGUUUUAGAAGAACCGCUAGGUAUGUUGACUGGAUUUCCAAUAUAGUUCCAGUUGUUAAGAAAAAUGGCAAGCUAAGGGUAUGUGUGGAUUUUCGGAAUAUCAAUCUUGCAACUCCAAAAGAUGAGUAUCCCAUGCCUGUUGCUGACCAGUUAGUAGAUUCUGCUGCCAAGAAUGAAAUUCUUUCAUUCAUGGAUGGACAUUCCCGGAACAACCAGAUUUACAUUGCAAAGGAAGAUAUUGCCAAGACAGCCUUCAGAUGUCCAGGUUCCAUUGGAACCUUUGAAUGGGUUGUCAUGCCAUUUGGGUUGAAGAAUGCCGGAGCAACAUAUCAAAGAGCCAUGAAUGCCAUAUUCCACGACAUGAUUGGCCAUUUCUUGGAAGUCUACAUUGAUGAUGUGGUCAUCAAGUCCUCGGUUAAAGAUCAACAUCUCCACAAUUUGAAGAUGGCUUUUGAAAGGAUGAGGCAGCACAAGUUGAAGAUGAAUCCUUUGAAGUGUGCUUUUGGGGUUUCAGCUGGAAAUUUCCUAGGUUUUUUGGUCCACCAAAGGGGUAUUGAGAUAGAUCAAAAUAAAGCAAAGGAUGCUGAGGAAUUCAAGUGGACAGAACAGCACCAGCAAGCCUUUGAAGGUUUGAAAAGCUACCUGGCCAACCCUCCAGUGCUGAUGCCUCCAAUCAAGAAGCGGCCUUUAAGAUUAUAUUUAUCAGCCGCCAAUGAGUCCAUUAGAACUCUAUUAGCUCAAAACAAUGAAUGGGGGAAAGAGCAAUCCAUCUAUUAUCUAAGUAGGGUGCUUACUCCAGUGGAAUAUUUGAUUAAGUAUAUGCUUUCAAGGCCUUUGAUCACUGGACGUAUUGGAAAAUGGUCAUUGGCCUUAAUGGAGUUUUCCUUCAAAUAUAUUCCACAAAAGGCAGUCAAAGGAAGGGCGGUAGCAGAAUUUCUAGCAGAUCAUCCAUCCACUAAGAUAGACUCAGAAAUAUGUGAUGAGGUGGAUAAUCUCUACCUUGACUACACCCCUUGGACUCUCAUGUUUGAUGGAUCAAGCACUCAUAAUGGAGCUGAGUACGAGGCACUAAUUAUUGGGCUAGAGAUUCUGCUAGAGCUAAAGGUGGAGAAGGUCCAGAUUAUUGGAGAUUCCAACUUGAUACUUAGCCAACUAUCUGAAGAAUAUAGAUGUCUUAACUGGCAUCUGAGGCCUUUCCACUCUUUGGCCUUAGAGUUACUUUGCCAGUUCGAUGAUUUCCAACUCAAAAAUUGGCCUAGACAUUUAAAUACGGAGGCUGAUGAUCUAACACAAUUAGCCUCUCGAGUGAAAGUCCCACCGGGUGUGGAAGAAGCUCUGAUCACAGUUAAAAGGACUCUUCCUUCGGUAGAGUUAUGGUAUGAGAUGGCAAGUCAUUUCCAACCUGAAGAGCUAGAAAGAAUCAAACCUGCCAAUAAGCCAUGGGAGGUUUUCAAUAUUGAUAUAGAUGGAUUAGAUUUGAAUGAUUGGAGAACACCAAUUAUCCAAUUCUUGCAGGAGCCUAGCUCCAAAGUGGACAAGAGAAUUCAGCUUUUGGCACCACAUUACAUUCUGAUUGAUGGGGACCUCUACAAGAAGAGUAAAGAAGAUGGACUUUUGUUAAGAUGCCUCAGAAAGGAUGAGUCCAUGACGCCAUUUAGAGGGUGGGCUUUGGACUUUAUUGGAAAACUAAGGCCUCCAUCUUCAGAUGGCCAUACUCACAUAGUGGUGGCAACAGAUUAUUUCACAAAGUGGGUGGAAGCCAUUCCACUAAAGACUUGUGAGCAGUCAACGGUGAUUGAUUUUAUCAAGAAGCACAUUAUACAUAGGUUUGGAAUUCCAGAGACUAUUACCACUGAUAGAGGUCUAUCCUUUGUUGGAAGCAAGGUCUUGGAUUAUUGUGCUGAGUGUGGUGUCCAAGCAGAAGCUUCCAACAAAGUAAUUCUCAAUAUCCUUGAAAAGAUGAUUGAUGAUCAUUCAAAGGAGUGGCAUCAUCUACUUUCUGAGGCCCUUUGGGCUUACAGGAAUUCAAAAAGGUCAAGUACGGGCGUCACACCAUAUAUGCUUACAUAUGGGCAUGAUGCCAUCCUUCCAAUGGAGAUGACUAUCAGAUCUGCAAGGGUGGCUUUCCAAAAUAGGCUAACUCCAGCAUAUUACAACCAUGCCAUGUUGGCAAAAUUAGAAGAUCUUGAUGAAGUUCGUCUCAAUGCCUUAGACCAUAUUAUUGCUCAAAAGAAGAAAGUCAUGCGAGCAUACAACAAGAAGGUCAAGGCGAAGACAUUCAUUGAAUGA